CAUUCAAUCCUGAAUACGUUUACUCGUGUAUGUUUACGAGCGUGUACAUUAUACCCCGUCCACGCUCGAAAAAGCGACACGGAUGUGCAUACGGUGGUCGCACACUUCGCCACCACUCAAACAGAAGCAGCGAUCGACACACGAGCCAGUCAGGCACCCUUCUGAGCGCGUGCAACGCGGUGCGCAGCAGCUGAAGAAGAAGAAGAAGACGUUGACAAAGAGACGGUGGAGGGCGAGGGAGGCUGCGCUGCUAUAUGUAGCCCCGAAUCUUAGCCGGAGCAACUAUUACGCCCGAAAUUCUCGAGGCGGACGCACCCCCUUGCUUGUCGAGCAACAGGUACAGGGUACGUGAGAAAUUUUAUUAAAGUCGCGUGACAUCUUCUUUAAUCGGUUCAACGUUUCAUCCACGGUAUUUUUUUUCAACUUUAAAAGAAUAAUCCCUUAGUGAUCGUGUGUGACAGUGAAGUUAGAUCAAACAGAUUUAAGAUAUGUUUUGUGUGAUUCGAAGAGACUAUUAGAGAGAAGAAGAAGAAGACGACAUACGUACACGCGAUAACAGGAAGAAAAUGCCGAGAGCGUUUCUAAUCACUCAUCGACGAUACAAUGGAGUCGAAGAGGAGUUCGAUGGAUCCGGAAGAGAUUUCAGUCCUGAAAGAGGUGUAAGAUUGGCCGAUUAUAGCGGAAAUCAUCCAACUUCUGACGGUGCGAGUGAAUGCGGUAGCGAAACAUCAUCAGAGUGUCCCGAAGAAUUGUAUAAUCUUACAAAAUUGGCAGAAGUGAGCUUAGCCGCGGCUGCUGGUACUCUGAUUCAUCCGAGUAACGUGAUUUAUCAACAACAAUCAACUUCGCCUAGGUGUGCUCAAUUUUCGGACAAAUGCGGAAGAAUGAUAACGCCACGGACAAAACAGCAGGAAUCGCAAUUUCAAGAACAUCCAGGGAUCAUUGAAGAUGAACAAUCACUUGGUGAAAGAACAAGACUAUUUUUUGAGAGGAUCGAAUGCGAACGUGAAAUUUUACAGAAUCGUUCGGAGAAAAACACAGUUCUAGGUAUUCACGUACCAUCUCGUUCUCAUCACUUGCAAGAAGAACGUCGCAGUAUCGAAGUUUCCGAGAAUUCACUCGAUAAAAUUGAAUUGGAAUCAAAUCAAUCGCCAUCCUCGACGAUUUUCCAAAAUCGAAGGACAACCUCAACCUCAACAGAAACGUCGAAAUCCGAAGACAAUGAAGAUCACGAAUGUCCUGACUGCGGAAAAAAAUAUUCGACAUCCUCCAAUUUGGCCAGACAUCGACAAACGCAUAGAUCUCUUGGAGAUAAGAAAGCUAGAAGAUGUCCACAUUGCGAUAAAGUUUAUGUUAGUAUGCCUGCAUUUAGUAUGCACGUCAGAACACAUAAUCAGGGAUGUAAAUGUAAUUAUUGCGGCAAAUGUUUCUCGAGACCAUGGCUCCUACAGGGACACAUACGUACUCAUACAGGUGAGAAACCAUUUAAAUGUACAAUCUGUAAUAAAGCAUUUGCCGACAAGUCAAAUUUACGUGCUCAUAUACAAACGCACUCGAACACUAAGCCACAUGUAUGCAGUCGUUGCGGUAAAGCAUUUGCUCUGAAAUCAUAUCUAUAUAAACAUGAAGAAUCAUCGUGUAUGAGGGCCCAUCAUCGAUCAUCCACGGAUAAAAUCGAUGGAAAUGACCAAAAAAUAGCAUCAUCAUCACCAAAAUCUUGUGCACCAUUACCAUCUUCUUUGAGCAGAUUACAAACAACAUCGUGUGUUACGGCAUCUCCUACAAGCGUUAUUGUUCCUCGCCUAGGUCUCAAUCGUGAUCAAAGAAAUUCAUCUUCGGCAUUUUCUGCGAUUAUUAGGCACACUAGAGUUCCCGAUGCAUCUACAUCACCUCCACCAUCGAAACGUUCUUAUAGAGAGAAAACUCCAAGUGAAGAACGCGAAAGAAAAAUAUCUGAUAAUGUAACGAAGAAUCCAGAAUGUGUAUCAAGAAUGGUCAUUAGAACAUCCGUCAUAUCUCCUAAUCCGGAACAUCUCAGUCGCUUUAACAAUGAUAGCCAAACUUCUUCCAAUAAUUACGAUUUUUCCGAUCCUACGAGGUCUUCCGCAUUUUCCCAACCAACGACAAUGACACUUAACUUAGCUAUUGCAUAGAUUAGAAAAAAUAUCGAAGAAUAGAAAUAUCUUCGUUCAAAACAAUAGAACAAAAAUUAUGGCAAGUAUUUUUAUAAAAUAAUGGCAAUAUUAUCGUAUACAGAUACAGAUACACCAAAGAUUAUUUUAUACUUACGGAUCAGUAAAUUAUUGAGAUCGAAUAUAAUUUCAUAAAUAUGAAAGAAUUACCAUCCAAAAAUGAAUAAUUAAAUUGUUGCUUCGUAGAAACAUAAAGACGUAAUUACUUAAUAACAACUAGUGUCAUUCCUAUCAAUAUUGAGAUAAGUUUGUUAAGUUUUAACAAGAAACGUUUAAAAUUUUAUUAUAUUUACUUGAUGGAAUCUUUCUGCAAUGAGUAUCCAUUUUUUAUAGUUGAAUGUAGAAUCAAUUUUUGAAAAAAAAUUUGACAUAACAAUUACUAUAGAUAGAAAUCACGAAUGUUAUUCCAUGCACCUUCCUAAUUAGGGACCAUAUAGCACAUAGUCAUAUUAAUGAUAAAAUUGUGAGAGAAAAUUACCAAUUCCUAGUGUUGUGCCUUAAAUAGUUGUACGUAGUUACAGUUUUUUAAAGACAUAUCAUGCGUUGCAUUAGGAAAAAAAAAUAAUUUAUUGAUUUAACGUGAAUUGCAGUGCCUAUAUGCAUACUACUUACCUUAGUAUUAAUCGUAUCAAGUUUUCCAAGCUCUUCCAGGCAGCUAUAAAUUCCUUCAGGCUUGAAACUAACAUAUACUAAAGUGUAGAUUACCAACAAAUAGGAUUAUAAACAUUCACAUAAUCGUGAAAUAAUGUAAAAAAAUAUAACUAUUUUUUUUGAUUAGUUCAUAUAAGAAGAAAUUUUUAAACUUCUGUAAUUUUACAGUACUCUGUAUAAAAUUUCUGUUACGCGUUUAUACUAAACUAUAUAUUGUAUACUAUAAUAGUUAAAUUUAAAUUUAAAAAAACCAUUAAAAUUUAAAUGAAAAAAGUACUGAAUAGCAAUUAAGAUGUUGUAAAAAACAGCAAAUAAUGUGGAUAAAUGUAAUUUCAAAAAUCACAUUUUGCUGCAAAUGUAUAUUUAAGAAAAUAGUUUUAUAAUGUAAUACAUUAAUUGCGUUUUUAAAUACGAACGCGUAUCGUCUGUGAUUCGAACUUUCGUAAACGAAACUAAUGGCCAUAUGCAGCCUAGUAGCGCCUUGAUGGUAUUAUAUAAUAAUUAAUAAUUUUUUUUUGUUUUUGAUCUGUUAUCGAUAAUCGAUAAUGAUCUGAGUGUAAACUAGUCCAACCCGUUUUGCUAUUCUAAGUGCAACUAUUGAACUUUUUUGUAAUAUAUAUUCAUGAAAUAAUUCAUACAUAUUUUCCAUUAAUCAUUUUCUAAUUUUUCAUAAUUAUAACUCCAUGUUCAUAUUAAAUUUUAUUUCUAACUUAAAAUAAAAACUUACAAAAUGACGGUUGCACAAAUAAUUGAAUGGCAGCGGUUAUAUGAUGUAAUAAUAUAGUUCAUCCAUUUUUCACAGUAAAUUCAUACAUUAAAACAUGUGUUUUAUAACCUGAAAUAAAAAGCAUACACAAGUAUGCAUAUCCUAGUCAUUGAUAUCAAA